CAAGAGCCGAGUGAAAUUGAAAAUAUUACCCCCUAGAGUGAAAAGAGAAAUCGGGACGACACUCGCAGUCAGCGGUGAGUGGGUGAGUGAGAGGCUUCGUGUGCGCGUGAGAGUGUGAGAGUGUGAGAGUGUAAGACUUACUAAUACUACUACUACUUCGGCUUUUGCUCAAGGUACGAGAGCAUGCGAGCGUUUUUCAGAUUUGACCGGCCGUGAUUGAAUGCACGAGCUCUGCAAAGAUAGCAGCAGCAGCUUCAGGAGGACGAGGAGGAGGAUACGAGCGAGAAAUCGAGUGGAGUCCACGUGUUGGUUGGAUCGAUUGGUAGAUGGUUAUUAUGAGGAGGGUGGAGGCGGGCGGGCAGGCGGGUAGGGGAGAAGCAUGACGCUCGUAUGAUGAUCCGACGGGCCCGAGAUUGAAGUGACACCGCCGCAAUCCUUUACACGUCUGUUGCCGAGGCGCUUCUCGUCCAUUCGGUUCGUUGUCCAAUUCAUGGGUUUGCUGCGCCACGGAGCUGAACCGCGAUUCGAAAGAAGCUAGAAGGCGAAAGGAAGGAACGAAGGAAGUUGAAGGGUACGAGAGGUUGUGAAUUGAGCUGGCGAGAAGGGGCAAUUUAUCGGUGGGUGGCUGGUUGUUGGGACGUGAGAGGUAGAAGAAACGAGAUUCGGAGAUUCGGAGACUUGAGGGCACAUCUGUACUUGCGCUGAGUAGUUGCGAGACGAGGAGCUAUCAGAGCGCAGUCGCAUUGAAAUGGCGAUCCCUGGACUGUGCGUGGGUUGUGCCAGUUGUGAAGAGGAUUGUGAAUGUGGGAGGAGCACGACCGCGCCCGGGACACCGCGUGACGACGAACAGUCAAAGUUGGGAGUUUGUGGCAAAAUGAUGCCUGCUGUGAAUAACGAGAAGAAGAAAGAGAGACCGAAUUGUGAUGACGACAUCUGCGCAUCCGACGACUAUCCUCUGAUUCCAGGCCUUCCGGAUCAUAUCUCCAAGGCAUUCUUGGCCAUGCUGCCGCGCGCCUCGUUUACCCGUCUCCAGUUGGUGAGCAGAUCCUGGAAACGCUACUUCCAGAGCGAGGAGUUAUUUGACAUCCGCCGUCAGAUUGGCGAAGCCGAGCCCUGCAUCUACGUGCUGGCCGAGCAUCCGCGGGCGGCCCCGUUCGUCAUGUUGCAUCCGCGAGCUGACAAAUGGGUGAGCCUGCCGCCCACGCCGGGGCACUCGAAGGACCAAAUCUGGGAAGGAUUCUCGUGCGUCGCCGUCGACUCCUUCCUCUUCGUCAUGGGCGGCACUCGUCGCUCCACCCAUCACCCUUACAGCACAGGAGAGAUGUGCGGCGAGGUUUGGAGGUACGACGCGAAGACGAACAAGUGGGAGGCGCGGAGGAAGAUGGAUCCGGCGCGCAGCUGGCACGCGGCCGCGGCCAUCGGCGGCCGGAUCUACGUGGCGGGGGGCUCGAGCCCGCACACCAUCCUGCAGAGCGCGCAGGUCUACGACGUGAGCUCCGACUCCUGGUCGCCCCUGCCGGACAUGCGCCACCGGCGCUUCGGCUGCCAGGGCCUGGCUCUGAACCACGAGCUCUGGGUCGUGGCCGGCGAAUUCGAGAUCCACCACACCAGCGACACCGGGCCCGAGCACGGCUCCGUCGAAAUCUUCGACCCCAAGUCCUGCUCCUGGCGCCUCGCCCCCGACGUCUGCCUCGAUUCCGAAAAGGUGGCGGGGCCGAUGGUGGUGGCGGACGGGAGGCUGCUGUGCGUGCAUCAGAGGACGGUGCGCGAGUACAAGGGCGGGAAGAAUUGGGAGAUUCUGGGCUACGUAUCGUCGGGCGACUUGAGCCAGCGACCGUAUCCGAGGUUCGGGUUCGGGCUGGUGAGCCUGGAGAAGGAGGUGUUCGUGAUCGGCGGCGCGAGGGAGUCGUGGCAGAAUCAGACGCGGUGCACGAUCCAAAAUCUGGACACGGUGGAAGUGUGCAGCCUGGAUCAGCUGAGCAAGAGCCGCGACUCGUGCCCCGAGCUCUCCUGGCGGGACGCCUCUCCCAUGGGAGUGUGCCGCGGGACGAUCCUGGCCACGGCUCUCGUCUGGUUGUAGAAAUUGAGCAUCGUCCCCAUCGCCACCAUGUACUAUACGUUGCUCUUUAGAUUACGGUCUCGUCGGCCUGCCUCCUCCUCCGUGGUCUCAUGCCACUGCAGGUCCGAUUGCCGAUGGGUGACGAUGACGAUGACGGUCCGCUCGGGCUGUGUCUCGUAGGUAUAAUAUAGUACUGUAAUCUGUAGGAUCUAGCUGCUGCGCGCUGUUGGGAGUUCGACGUGACGAGAGCUCCUUCAGUCAGCCCACCAUAUUGCAGGCCCGAGCUUCGAGCUUCGCGGAGCAUCGUUGGCUGGUUCGAUUCGGCUGGGCAGACAUGCUCCAACGCGAUGCUGGACCGAGGGCCUACUACUGCGUCAGCCGACCUGAACGCUGACGGAAGAAGCGUCUCUGUUUCGUUCGUUCUUUGCUCGAAGGCGGACACAUUCAAUCUUGGACAGGACGGAAGGAGAGCGAAGCGAAGGAACGGGAAGGGAAGGAAAGGAAAUUGAAGGAAAGGAAAGGAAAGGAAAGGAAAUUGAAGGUAGGGAAAGGAUACGGGAGCUGUGCGUGGGAGCUGCGUGCUCUCUCUCUGCACCUUGCACGGCUCAGUAUGAUAUUUCGCGGACUGCCGAAUCUUGUGAUUCAUGAUUCAUGAUUCAAUCUUGUGUGUAUACCCGAUCGGGCCGGAGAAUCGUUCUGAGACUGAGCAGAGCCCCUGGCCACAGUUGACAGUUUUGUUGGAUUUGGUGAGUUUGUUGUAUGGUGCUUUCUGCGUCGUAGGCAGAGGCUGCUGCCGCACGAGAACCAGAUUAGAGUUGAGGGAUGGUGGAGCUGGCUUGUGCUCGUGUUAUGUUGUGCAUAUAUGCAUGGGUCGCCACCAUUCUUCGCACAUGUCGAAUCUAAGAAAUAGCAGCUACCGCCAUUCUCACGACGGUAGUCUCGCACCGGGAAGUAGGGUGACUCGUAGCGAGUCCGGUAGUGGCAGGCUCAGCGUUCACUAGAGAUCAAGCCUGCAGUUUUGCCGAGGGACGGUUCAAGAAAGAGGCACGAGCGAUGUUUCUCGUGUCCGCAUGAAUUCUCUUAGAGGACGACUUAGACACGUACCUACAUUGUUUCAUUCGUUUCGAUUUGCGCACUGUAUGGAAAUUUUGUCGAUAAUGACUACUUUCG